GCGUUAUGUAAAUUUCUUGUACUUCCUGAGAAAAAAAAAACUUUCGUUUCGUAGAAAAAUAUUGGAAUAUCGGAAUAUUAAAGAAGUUCUGAUGGUGACAAUACUCCAUUAUUCAACUGAAUAAAGGUUGAAAGAGGAACCAUGUCUUUAAUAGAAGGAUUCGGAGAUGAAGUGACUAUAUUUUUGGGCAUUCUGUUAGUUCUAUUUAUAAUUUGUUUGGCAUGGAUUUCGACAAACAUUAGGGACAUUCCCUUUUUCAGUGUAAUAAUUAUUGAACUAACUCAUAGAAGAAAUAGGAACACAGAAAAUGCCAAUCAGACAGAGGGUUUGAGCUCUUCAGAAGCCAAUCCACCUAAUCAAAGCAGUCAAAAUAAUUCUGAAAAUGAAGUAGAAGACAUAAUACCACAAUCAGAAACAACCUCCUUAGACAAUGAACAAUCUUCUACCACAGCAGAUGAAGUUUCACCUGUAAAUAGUCAAAAUGGUGAAGAAGAGGAGACACAUGAAAAUUCAAAUACCAAUAUAAAUGUGACACAGGACACUAAAACUGAUAGCACUGAUUCUUCACAGCAAUUAAAUGAAACAGAGCUUCGACACAGACGUUUGAACUUCUUUCAGGGUAAAAAUGAAAGUAGCACUAUAUCAAAUCCACAGACAGUCGUGGCAGACUCUUUGAAUAUAAAUGAAGAACAGGGGUCACCAGUUCAAAGUCCUGUGCUAGAACCCAUUAACAGACAGCAAGAAUCUGUACCAUUGUCAGCCGAAAAUGAGACUGUCCAUUCCAGAGAAACAGAUUCAGAAACGGGGUUAAUUACUGUGAGGUUGAAAUACCUAAAUGAGACCCAAAGAAAUGUCACAGCAGAACCAAAUGUCACCAUUGGCCAGUUUAGAAGAGACCAUUUUGCCACAGAACUUUCUCAAAAUAAAUUGGUGCGGUUCAUCUUCAAUGGACAGGAUCUUCGCAAUGACUCGAACACUCUCCAGAAUUACAAUAUUGGAAACAACAGUGUAGUUCACUGUCUAAUCACUCAGGUCAACCAACAGGCCCCACCCCCACGCCAAGAAAACCAGGGCAGCUUUGACUUUGGGGUGGUAGUAUUGCCUAUCUUCGGUCUACUCCUCUGUUUUGUGUGGUACCUGCGAUUUGAGUACAGACAUUUCUUCACUGCCACCUCAACGUUUAUGUUAAUAGGACUUACCUUUUUGUUCAUUGCUGCCGUUUUGGCCUCAUGGGAUAGUCAGAGGCAUAGGGAGCGGAUUCCACAUCAGCACAUUGAUUAGGACUAAUUUGAAAGAUUAAAUGAUUUAGCAUUAGAUUUAUGUUUAUAUUACUUGUAUCAGCAUUUUUAUUUCUGAGCUGGAUUAAAGCUGGUAUUAAGUAAUACCAGGUUCUUGCGUUAUGUUACUUACAUGCAUAAUUGCGUAUGUACUGUUAAUGUACAAUGUAAUUUGCUUUGGAUGAUUAAGUUGUUAUGUUUGAUAAGUAAAAUCUAUGAUGAUGGUUUUCAUUUUUUUCUUUCUAUUCAGUAGCGAUGAUGGAUCCUUGUACAUAUUGAUUUCUGUAUUGAUAGAAAAAAUACAAUAAGAUAAAUAUUCUAUUUGAUAGAAGGCACAUGUAUUAGUUGUAUGGCGAGAUAUUUUUUUCACAUGUACAUCAAAAUUGUACAUGGUAAAUUUGAAAAAAAUGUUUUUUUAAGCAUAUUAUAUGUGUGAUACUAGUUAUGUGAUUGAUAACAUAUUAUUAUUUUCCUUUUUGUUAUUGUCUUUUGUGGACAGUUCAGGAGGUUACAAUUUUCCUGAAAAAUGUUACUCUAUAACUCAUAAAAUUGUAUGUGACAGUUUUGUCAAAACAUACAAUACUUUAAGUCUUGUUUGUUUCUCAUUCCAUUUGUUUGACCCUAUGUUUAUUUAUUAUGAUAUCAGCAAGAUUGUUUCAAAGGUGGCAUUUUAUUUGUUUUUAUUGUGGAUCAAGGUAAAGAUUAUCAUAAAUAAAAAUCCUUCAAGAAAAACCCUUGGUUUCUCAAUUCUUACAAUAGUGUUUGUGAUUAAAGGCACGGUUAGCAUACUCAUACCCAUAUGUAAGUGUCCCGGGUCACCUAAGUUGUACGAGGGUGUGUGUUGAUAUUUAUUUUUUAUGCUAGAUGGUCAUUAUAAAGGUAUAUUGAUGUAGAAUAUCCAUUUAAGUCCUCUUUUUUUGCUGGGUUUGUUGUUAAUCUUUGCUUUAUUUCCCUCAGAAGGACGCGUACAGUGAACAUAUGUACCCUGUGAAAUAAAGAAUUCAAACAGCU